AAAAGGAGUAGAAGGAACAUAUUCUGUGGGAGAAGAAACAUGUCUUCCCUAAUAAACACUUCUCUCCUCUACAUCACCUCUUUUUCUCCCUCUCUGUCUUGGAAGAAUGCACGACAGGAACGCCCUUGUUGCAGAUUGCAUUGUCAUAUCAUGCUGCUGCCAAUGUUUGAUUCUCCAGGUCAUCAUCUUAAUCUUGCUCAAACUCCCUUAUAGGAUGAUUAGGAGGACAAAACGCUACGUGAAAAAUCUGAGAUCCCGAAUGAGCAAGGGGAAGAAGAGUUUGCAGGUAAAAACGCUUCGUGGUAAACUCAGCAUCAGGCAUUACAGCUCCGGAAGGUGGCGUGACGAGGGAGGAGGCUCGCACAGGGUUCAUCAGGUUGACGGAUUGAUCCCGCUUAGUGGGUGUUGCAUGGAUGAAGUUGAGAGGGUAUUGGAGGAAUUUUCAUUGAAAGGGGAAUUUGCUUUUGGAAGCUUUUGGGGUGGUGAGUCAGUCAUAUUUACUUGCCAUGCGAAACAAGAAGUUUACUGAUAUUGUCAUGACCAUCUAGAGUCUAGACACAUUUGACUUUUUCCACUUCCAAUUAUAGUUCUGAAAAACUUCAAGCUGGUGGAAUAGUUCAUCUAGACCGGAUUCAGAAUUUCAGAUAAUAAAAAUUUAGAAGUCAAAGAUGACCUGGCGCUUAGGUGGGGCCUUGGAUCCAUUGAACUAUGCUUCCAUGAAUGUGCAAUAAUUGAUUGUGUAAGGACCAGUUUGGUCAAUACUAGUUGGUUGAUACUUGAUAUGGUUGAGUUUGUUGAAGAUGGUUUGAUAACAUAGCUUUCACCAAACAUGUCUUAUACUUGUAAAAGAUUACGGAGUAUUAAAUUUGUCAGAAUGUAG